AUGAAUAAAAGUAAAGUAACUAGUAAAAAAGUUGUUGCCGAAACUAAAGUUGUAAAUAAUAAGAAAUCUGAACCAAUUGCAGUUUCAGAACCAAAGAAAUCAGUUUCAAAACCAACAACAACUGCAACAACCACAGUUUCUAAAUCACCAGUUUCAACAAUUACCACUCAAAUUUUAGGUAAAAGAACUAAAACUCCAGUUGUAAGAGAUGAAGAAAAUGAAGAUGAAAAAUUAGAUUUCGGAAAUAUUGAUUUAAAUAAUUAUAAUAGUGAAGAUGAUGAAGAUUAUGAAAGUGAAGAAGAUGAUGAAGGAGAUGAUGAAGAAGAUGUUGAAUCACAAAAUGGUAGUAUUGUAUAUUCAGAAUCUGAAGAAGAAGAAGAAGGUGGUAUUAAUAAAGCAUUAUUAGAAGCAGAGGAAUCAUUAGUUGAAUAUCAAUCAGAAGAUGAUAGUGGUUCAAUUUCAUCAAAAUCAUCAUCAUCAACAACAACAACAACAACAACAACUAAAAAAACUAAUAAUGAUGAAGAAGAAGUUGCACCAAAUAAACAAUGGACAAAUGAUCCAAAUCAAUUUUAUGAUAGUGAUGAUUCUUCUGAGGAUGAAUCAUUAGUAAAUAGAAUUGGUAAUAUACCACUUGAAUGGUAUGAUGAUUAUGAUCAUAUUGGUUAUGAUGUUGAUGGUAAUAAAAUUAUGAAAACUGAAUCAAUGAAAGAUUCAAUUGAUAAAUAUUUAGAUCAACAAGAUCCAAACUUUUGGAGAACAGUAUAUGAUAAAGUUAAUGAUAAGAAAGUUGUACUUUCAGAUGAUGAUAUGGCAUUAUUAAAGAGUAUUCAAAAUAAACAUUUCAUACCAGGUUAUGAUCCAUACGCAGAUUGGUAUGAUUCAGGUAACAAUCAUCCAGAUUCAAUUCAUCCAAUGCAUAAUGCACCAGUACCAAAACGUUCAUUCUUUCCAAAUGGUACAGAUGAAGAGAGAGAGAUUCGUCGUUUAACAAAGGCAAUUCGUAUGGGUUGGAUUAAAUUGAAUAAAAAGGGUAAGAAGGGUGAAAAGGAUAAGAAAGAUGGUAACUUUGAUUUAUGGGCUGAUGAAGGUGAAGAAAAAGAGAAAACCAAAGGUAUCAGACGUAUUGCAGCACCAAAACAAAAGCUACCAGGUAAUGUUGAAUCAUUCAAUCCACCAGAAGAGUAUCUCUUGAAUGAGAAUGAACUUAAGGCAUGGCAUUUAAUGGAUCCAAGAGAACGUCCACACAAUUUCAUUCCACAAAAGUAUCAAUCACUUCGUCAAUUACCAAUCUACAAUAAAUUGAUUAAGGAACGUUUCGAACGUUGUCUUGAUCUUUACCUUUGUCCACGUACAACUCGUGUUAAACAAUUCACAAAGGAUCCAACUAAAUUCCUUCCAACACUUCCAAAACCACAAGAUCUCCGUCCAUUCCCAUCCCAUGAGGAAAUUCAAUUCCUUGGUCAUAAAGCUCGUGUUAGAUCCAUUUCAAUCUCACCAAAUGGUCAAUGGUUAGCUAGUGGUUCCGAUGAUUGCACCAUUAAAAUUUGGGAAGUUUCAAGUACACGUUGUCUCUACUCUUUAGAGGUUGAAUCUGAAGUACAAACCGUCGCUUGGAAUCCAAAUCCAAUCUACAAUAUCUUGGCCGUUGGUUAUAGUAAUAAAAUCAUAAUUAUCACUCCACCACUUUUCGGUACUCAAACUGAACAUUCCCCAGAGACUGAAAAAAUUUUAACCAAACCACCAACUGAUUCUUCAACUGAACAACAACAAAAUAAAUCUGUCAAUUGGUAUCAAGUAACUGGUGCUGAUAAAGCAAAACUCCUUGAAAAAGGUGUACGUAUUGAAAUUCAUCAUCCAUUCACUGUAAAGAAUUUAACUUGGCAUUAUAAGGGUGACUACUUUUCAACCACAUCUCCAGAGGAAGGUACUCGUUCAGUUAAAAUCCAUCAUCUCUCUAAAAGAGCAACUCAAUCACCAUUUAGAAAGAGUAAAACUCCAAAUCAAGUCACUCGUUUCCAUCCAAAUAAACCAAUCUUCUUUGUUGCCGAUCAAAAUAUAAUUCGUGUCUAUGAUCUCAUGAAACAAGAAUUAAUCAAAAAGUUAAUCACUGGUUGUAGAUACAUUAGUUCCAUCGAUAUUCAUCCACAAGGUGAUAAUGUCAUCAUGGGUGGCUAUGAUAAAAAGGUUUGUUGGUUUGAUUUGGAUCUUUCUGUACGUCCAUACAAAGUUUUAAAUUAUCAUAAAAUGGCUGUACGUAAAGUUAUCUAUCAUCCAACUUUACCAUUAUUCGCCUCUUGUUCAGAUGAUCUUUCAAUUCAUGUUUUCCAUGGUAUGGUUUAUGAUGAUCUCUUACAAAAUGCUCUCAUCGUUCCACUUAAAAUUCUUAAAACUCAUGAAUCUAUUAAUGAUUUAGGUGUUUUAGAUAUUGUUUUCCAUCCAAAACAACCUUGGAUCUUUUCUUCUGGUGCUGAUUCAACAAUAAGAUUAUAUACUAAUUAA